AUGGCGGCUUUUGGUGCGGCGGCUUCUCUCAAGAAUACGAUUCUGCGUAUUCUACAAUCGUCUCGCAUUUCUCUCGUUUCCCACUCUCCACAAAUCUUACAGCCUGUCUACUACGAGAUGGAUCGCUUGCAGAAAGUUCUACUCGAAUUGGACGAGACCAGCUGCAGCAAGAUCAGGACGGAGGUGAAUGCUUUGGAUGAAGUCAUAAAAGAGGCAGUUUGGGAAUUCGAAGAUUUACUCGAAUCCCAUAUCUUACAUCAGAUUCUUCCACAGCUCGAAAGCGAGAGAGACAACUUGUCAUUCUCUGUAGAUGUGCAGAGUCUGCAACACCAUGUUGAUUGCUUCGUCGAGAUGGUGAAGAUGAUGGAGGAGGAGUACUUCAUUGAAAUGGGGAAUAUGGCUGAAGAAGAAGGCGAGCCUAUUUCCUCAAGAAUCGAUUUUGGUGGAAUCAACUCAAAGAUGGUUGGAUUAUCUGAUGAAUUUCAAAACGUCAGAGAUGGUCUUCUUGAAGGUAAAGAUGAUUCUAUUAUUGGGAUGGCGGGAGUUGGAAAGACAACUCUUGCUAAACAUAUUUUUGAAGAUCCAUCAAUUCGGAGCCAUUUUGACUUUCGAGCAUGGGUCAAAGUGGGCAGAAAAUGCGAAUUCAAUGGACUAUUACGUUGCGUUCUAGCUCAAGUGGAUCCCAACGCUUACCGAAUGCUUGCCCAAGGAGAUGAUGAUGAUGAGGAAUUAGUUGGACUAUUGAAAGAAAAAUUGCAGGAUAAGAAAUGCCUCAUCGUGUUGGAUGAUGUUUGGGAGGAACAAGCAGCAAAUCGCUUGAUAAAUUGCUUGCGAGAAAAGAAUACUCUUGGAGGGAUUCAGUUCUUACUUACAAGUAGACAACGUAAAACAUUCAAGCAGCAUGGGGGCAUAAGAUUGAACUUGUUGAAUAAAGAAGACAGUAAGAAACUACUUGGUGAGAAGGUGUUUAGUGAAGACGGUUUCCCUCGCCAACUUGAGGAACUAGUAGAGAAGAUUGCAGAGAAAUGUGAAGGCCUUCCUCUUAUGAUAGUCACGGUUGCAGAGCUCCUAUCAAAAGCCGACAAUACCCCAGAAUACUGA